AUGGGCAAGUACAGCGAAGACCCUCUCUGGGCUGAUAUCGAACCAUUGCCCACGGACGAAGGCGGUCCCAACCCACUAGCCGCCAUAGCAUACAGCGAAGAAUAUGAGGAAACAAUGUCUUACAUGCGUGCCGUCAUGGCCGCCAAUGAAUACUCCGAUCGCGUCCUGGAACUUACUGAAGACUUGAUCGAUAUGAAUCCCGCCCACUACACCGUCUGGCUCUACCGCGCCAAAACGCUAUUCCACCUCGACAAAGACCUCCGCGAAGAGCUAGAAUGGCUGAACGAGACAGCCCUCGAACACCAAAAGAACUACCAGAUUUGGCAUCAUCGGAACCUCAUAGUAGAUAGACUGGACGAUUGUGAGGGCGAGACGGAGUUCGUAGAACAGAUGUUCGUCAAGGACGCGAAGAAUUAUCAUGUUUGGAGCUAUCGCCAAUGGCUGGUUAAGAGAUUUGGGUUGUGGGAGACGGAGGAGCUGGAGUUUACAGAGAGGAUGUUAAGGGAGGAUGUGAGGAACAACAGUGCCUGGAAUCAUCGAUGGUAUAUCGUCAAUGGGCGGGAAGCUGAAGGUGUGAAGGGUGAGUGGGACGAGGGGCUUCGGAAGCGGGAACUGGACUUUGCGAAGAACGCGGUGGGCAAGACGCCGCAGAACCAGAGUCCCUGGAACUAUCUGAGGGCGAUUGUUAGGACUGCCGGGGUACCGCUUGCUAGUCUGAAGGAGUUUGCGGAACAGUAUGCCAGUCUGGACAGGCCAGACUCUGUACGGUCGAGCUUCGCACUGGAUUUGUUGGCUGAUAUCUUUGCUGAAGAGGAAGGUGGGAAGGACAAGGCUGGGAAGGCGUUGGAUCUGUUGGCUGCGAAGUAUGAUCCUAUCCGGAAGAACUAUUGGGCAUAUAGGAAGAGUCAGCUCGGGUUGGAAUCCAGUACACCCGAGGCAGUUGUCGCUGCUUAG